CGCAUCAUAGAACUUUAAACGUAUUUGAUUAUUUUGAUUUUUGUAAAAUGUUUAAAAAAAAAAAAUACAUAUUUUUUUAUUAUCAUAAAUCACUUAUACUGACAAAGUGGCACUAAAUAGUGUUAAAAGCAUGGAGUAGGGAGUAAUAGUCAGAAAGCGCAAAACAAAUAAACCUGUCGACGAACUGGUAACAAUGUAGAUCUCCAGCUAGUAUCAGUAUACCUUUUAAUUUCUUGGCCUGGAAAAUACAAUAUGUCAAUGAAAACCGGAGGAAGACUUGCCUUGGAUGCAUUGAAACGACUUGUUGCGGAUCGCGUUAAAGGACAAGGAUUUGAAACUUUAUUCGAACAGACAAGGUGAAGAAGUUAAGAAUAAGUUACUAUUUAAGACAGUACUCAUUGAAUAAGAAGGACUGAAGAAACAGAAAAGGUGUAGCAGAAUUAAUUUUUUUUUUUAAUCUGCCGUCAUUGCUACUAAUGCUAGCCUAAUUUAUAUUAUUAAAGAAAUUGUAAUUGACUUAAUUAAUAUUUUAGAGAAAUUCUAACUGUCAGUGCAGUGUUGAGUGUGUACUCGACUCUCCACAUUUUUUAGAAUUAGGCCCUGUGCGGGCGGAUAAGCUUGUUUACCUUGCACUUGCAAAAAUUUCAGAGUUUUGCCCUCCCCUUGCCUUUCGCCCCCCUCCCCCCUUUUUUUUUUUGCGGGGCUAGAGGACAUGAAUAUGAUUAAAGUUUGUUACAUGACUAGGCCAGCACUGUAGUCCAUGAUUCAGGAUCAAGUAUACCCUUUUCAUGCCUAGGCAUUUUAUAGAGGAAGUAGUUAGUAGAAUGAAUAUCCAUACAAUAAUAUGAAUAUGAAUGGAUCUCAGGUUCCCUAAUUUUAAUAGCAUUUCUUGGAAACAAAUUAUACUUUCAGUUAUUAGGCCCUGGUUAUUGAUAAUGUUUUAAGUUUUAACCCUUUUAUUCCCUUGUCUAUGAGAUUAGACUAAAGGUAUUAUGUAUUAUUAUCAAUUUAAGACAAUUUAAUUCUUUGUUUUUCCUUCACUUCACACCUCAAGACAGUCUUGUGCCUUUGGCACAAUCAUACAAUGAACUGAUCAAUGAUGAGUUUCCCAAAAGCCUUAUGAAUUAAAAGUAACAUAAUAAAUGCAUUUAGGCUAUUACUUGCAACCGUAAAAGCCUAUAAUCUAUACUAUAUUAUACUAAUAUUAUACUAAUAUUAUACAAGGUGGUUAACAGUAACAGGCCAUAUAUUGGUAUUUAAAUAUAAACUUAAUUUUUGUAAAUUUAAUAACAUACCAGAUGUAUGAUUAUAACUUUUUAUUAAUUAACUAUCAAUGUAACAGGACCUACCAUUCAAUUACUAGACUUAUUAAGGCUAAAGACUUAUAUAUAUAGUCAUGCAUGAUUUUAUUCUAACUCAGUAUGUUAAUUUCAGAUCAAAGUAGUUUCUGGAGGUGAUGGACUUUGCUGUUGUGAACUGAAAAUCAGCUCUAAAAUGUUAAAUGCUACAGGAAGCCUGCAUGGAGGGGUGAUCGCUUCCCUGGUAGAUGCAGUAUCUACUUACGCAUUGACCACUACGGGUUCUGGAAGACCAGGUAGCAGCAUUGAUCUCAAUGUUAGGUAAGUUGACAUGGCAUAAUUGAAUUGUUGUCUGCUACACCUAAAUUACCUAGCUAAUCAGUUUUAAAGCCAGAUUGUUAAGGAUUACACACUUCAACCAUUUAUUUUAGAUUUGUGAAUGAUGCUCCAAAAGUAGCAGUAACCUUGAUGUUAUAUUUUUAUUUUGAUGACAUGAUUUUGUUUUCCAUACUCCAUACAACUUUAUCAGCGAUUUGGUGAGCUGUUAGAUGUCUGUAGUCUUUUGUGGAGUGAUGUUCAGAACAAAUGACAGAAGUUGAAACAUUAGUUUUAUACCGGUAUUUCUUAUGUAUACAAGAUUUGUAGUUAAAGUUUACAGUAAGUAUUUUUAACUCCUAGACAGUGAUAUUCAACAGAGAUGAUACUUCACUAUUUAGUGAGAUUGCAGCUGAAAAUUUUAUGGAGUACUCAAUCAAUCCACAUUAUAACAGUUAGAACAUUUAGAGGUAAUUGGUUCUAUCCAUAAGUCAUCAGAGGAAAAUUUUAGAAAUUCACAAUUAACUUCCUGAGGGGACAUCCAUAUAGUAUGUACAAAAAAGGGGGGGGGGGGCCUUUUAUAGGCAGAAUGUAUGUACAAUUAUUCACAAAUUCUGCAAUAAUUUUCUUGAAACUCUUAGCAGUUUAUAAAUAUCAUAUUUAUAUAAUAAUAUCUAAAUAUAAGACUUUAAAAAUAUUACACAAUGUUUUGUAGGAAUAACGUCAUAAAAUCGCCUUGUGUUUUUGAAAGAUAAGUCGCUAGAUACACUAAUAUUAGGCUGCCUCUGUAAUAGUAGAAAAAGUAAUAUUUAGUUCACCAUAUGUUCCACCUGCCUGUGAUGUAAUAUAUUUUGCUACACCAGUAAUUCCUAAAUGUUUUUGAUUCCCAGUGCCCUUACCAAAUUUAGGUUGUUAAAUUCUCACACGUACACUUCGCAAUAGCGAAUACAUUAAAAAAAUAAAUUAUAAAGGGUAGGGUAAAAAUAAAUGUAACACGUAUGUAUUUCACCAACUGCACAGUUUAAUUCACAAUUUAAGUCCUAUCCAUCCUGGGCAAGUGCCCCCAUCUCAUGGCCCUGCCUAAAGGCAAUGUAGCUCCCUGGGUGACUUGUGACAUCUUUUAGGAACAGGCAGCAGUGAAAACCUGUGACACAUUUUUUACUGUGAUAGCAUAAUUAUCUAUAAAUACUUUUUUUGUUGGUGUUUUUUUUUUGUGGGCGUGGGUUUGAAAGCUCAUUGUAUGUAUGCAUAAGAGGGAGGGGUUCACAGAAGUAUGCGUGCAACGAGGGGGGGGGGGGGAUUAAAAAUUGGGACUUUUUUGUGGCAUAUGUACUAUAUUGAUGGCUCCUUAUUUGAUAUUAUAUUGCUGUAUGUUUAAACUAUAGUUAAAUCAAACUUUAAUGUAUGCAUUAUAGUUAGAGUUUUAAGUAUUUAGCAAUUAGCAGUUUGUAAUUAUUCAUGAAUUCUAAUGUUAAAGCUGAAAUCUUUUUAAAAUUUUUAUAGCUACAUGAGACCAGUUAAACUGGAUGAUGUUAUUGUUAUAUCAGCAAGUACUUUAAGCUGUGGCAGUCGACUUGCAGUCAGCUCUGUGGAUAUACUUAACAAAGAAACAGGAAAGCUUAUUGCACAAGGGCGACACACAAAAUUUGUUGGCGACACUAAGACACAGUUACAGUGAAAUCAAUAAAGUAGGUGGGAAUGGAGCUGAAUUAUUAAAUCUGAAAAUAAUACUUCUUAUAGAUGAUUCAGUUAUAUUACUCUUGUUAAAAAUUGUGUGAUAUAAUAAAUAAUUGUAAUGCAACAUUUAGUUUUAAUUGUUCUUUAUGAAUGGUGGAGAAAUAUUGAUUAUUGUUUUAUCAACUUUACCUUCACUGGUAAUCAACAAGAUAGCCCUAAUUUCCUUGAAUUUAUAUAAUUUAAUUUAUUUCCAUUAGCAGUUUUUAUCUUUUAAACAUUUCAAAAAUACAAUUAAAAUAUUUUAAUGUUCCAAAAACACCAUUAAAAUUAUUAGCAUUAUUACCAUUAAAAGCAGAAAAGAUUUACUGAAACAAAAGUCCACUUGUAGGACAUGAAGACAAUUGAAAUUAAAGAAAUUAUCAGCAUGUCGUAAUUUGUGGAUGGUGGUAAAAUGAAAGUAUUUUAAGUAUGGGGCUAAUAAAAUGUGAGAGUAGUAUUACUCUGUCUGACAACACCUACUUCACUAGGAUUGUUUUUGCUACUUUGUGUGUCAUUAAAAAUAAAUAAAUAAUUAUUGCAUUUUUAUGCCAAUAAAAUUUGAAUUGUGUUUAGUAUAUAAAAGAAAACACAUAGUUUCCUUUCAUAUGCAUGCAUGCUUAUUUUACUUUUUGACUUAAAAACAGGUUUCCAUGUUAAAGAGCACAAGACAUUAGGCACACCCCUUGUGCAUAAAAAACUAUUUGUUGGGUUUCAGUUUCAUGUGAAAAAUAAAAAUUUGUUACAAAGAAGAGAUAGACAAGUUUGAUAUUUCAAAAAAUUUAUUUUUUUAAAAUUAUUUUUUUUUUACAGUUGUAUAAGGGCUAUUACAUAUUUUAUAAUUUUAAAAAAUCAUAAUACAGUAUAAAAUUAAUUUAAUGUUUCAUGACUGGCAGUUCUCUAUGAACAAACAUAACACAUUUUGAGAAAAAAAAAGGGUUAAAUCAUGUCUGUCACUAGUUCAAGAAAUGAAACUCAUUACAUUACAUAUGAUAGUAAAGAUAUUUACCAGAUACCUCAAACUCUUGAAGAAUUAUUUUUAUCCACGUUCAUAUAAAAAAAAAAUGAUAUACAUAAAGACAUGAAAAUAAAGUUAUCAUCCCAAAAUGUCAUGAGCAUAAGACUUGAAAUUCUGUGUAUCUUUAUAUCAGAUAUUAAUAAUUAUUUAUAAUUUAAUAAAUAACGGUAUUUAAUUUAGAGCACUUGAGAGGACACUAUGUGCAAACAUUUGAAGAUAAAAUUAUGGAUACUGUUUGUUAUAAGCUACCGUAUAAUUUAAUAAGUUAAAUUCUCUUUGCUAAAAAAAUGAUUAAAAACAGGAAAAAAUAAAUUGAAAUGUUCAUGACUUAUAAACCAGUUACUAAUAAGUCAUUGUCAACAAUCUGUGGUGCCAACUCAGUGGUAAUUGUAAGAUAAAUAUUUGACACAUUAUGAGAGAGUAUGUCCCUUGUCAGUUGUAAAAAAAUAAGCAACAUUUUCCUUGUUUAGUGCUGUGUUAAAACCUGAUGCACAUGCUUUGCCUCUCCACCAAGAUCGAGUUAAGUUGUGACUAAGGGUUAGAAGUGAGUGAGAAACAAUUGGAGAUUUAUUUUCUUUAAAUGAAUGAUAAAAAAAUGUUCCACAAACUAUUUAACUGUUUGGGUACAGAGGUCAGAGAGCAGAAUUAUGGACCAAUGAAUUAUGUGCUAGUAAUGCUAUCACCAACUUUAACGUAUGUAUGAGUAAAUUAAUAGAUUGAAUUUGUUGGAAUUUUGAAAUUGAAAGCAAUUGUAGGAUCAGUUGUUAACCAUUGAAUGAAAAGAUCCAUUAAACAAUAGCAGGUGUGUCCACCAAGAGGAUUAUAAAUUUAAGACACUUUUAUUUCAU